UACGAUUUUUUACAUCUACGUGGUUUAUUAUUUUCAAAGGUAACUUAUAGAGAACAGCAUAUCGUCGAAUUUUUGUAAGAUAACAUUUUGUGACGUACGGUGUGAAGAAACACUUUUCCCAAAAUUAAUCAUCAUACGGCCAUGGAAAUGACCAAUCCAUGUACAUUUAUCUGUUGUGGUACAGUUGUUCGUUUAUUCUUGAAGUGACAACAUGGGAUUAUUCAAAGUGCUGUUAUGUACUAUUGCUUUACUAGUGCAAAGUACGUUAGCAGUGCAGCUGAAAUCUAAAUGUGGAAAAACAGACAUUACCAAUAGAAAUAUUAAAAAUGCGAUGAAGGGCGAAUUCCCCUACCACGUGUCCGUUCGGAAGGUUUAUGAGAACGAAUAUUGCCCAGAUGGAUGUACAGUUCACUUGUGCAGCGGCGUCAUCAUUUCGGAAGAGUUCGUUUUAACUACUGUUCGUUGUACUGCAGGCUCUUUGGAAAAAAUCAAAUUUGUAUACGCUGGCGAUCUGGUGAACGAAAACAUAUUGGAAUCGAAGAAGGGCGAGCAGAAUUUGAGGGUAAAAAAAGUUAUCCUUCAUCCAAGUUACGAUAGUAAGCAUCCGAGGUUUUCGCCAAACGACAUUGCCUUGCUGCAAUUGGAAAACCCAGUCAAAGUCACGGAUAGCGUGCGCCCAAUUAAGUUACCUGCUUUUAACGAAACGGAAAUUUCAGGCGAGAUAUACACAGUGACGGGUUGGGGCCUGAAUAAUUAUGACUUCAAAAAACUCAGGUACGAUUGUGUCACCUCAAACUCAAAUAAACAAGAUUGCAUCGGACCUCUGCGGCACCGUUUACCCAUGUAUUUUAUACCUUCAGAUCAAAUCUGCGUUACCGGUGAAAAUGUAUGCACUACUACAAUGGAUGUUGGCAAUCCACUUGUCAAGUUUGAUGACAACAAUGAAGCUGUGCUCAUAGGCAUUGCGACUGAACCAACUUAUGAGGUCAUUGUCAGUGAUCGUUGUGUUAUGAUGGUUUUUACCAGAAUUUCCAAUCACCUGAAAUGGAUCAAACAAUACGUUAAAAUCAAUGAAGCUUCAACGUUACGAUACAAUAACAUAUAUCUUAAAAUCGCUGUAGGUCUCAUUCUUUUUUUUCUGCUUAUUUUUGCACUUAUUUGUCUUUGUAAUCUUUGCCGACGUUGCAGGGCGCGGCGAUCGUCUCGCAAUAACCACGUGACUAGUUGUGUUCAACAUAAAGAAUAACGAUCCUUCGAUAAAUUUCAAUAAAAACGACGUCAAAUGCAUGUUUGAUCAUUCUGACGAUGACUUACAUCAUCUGAAUUUUUCAGUGUGGUUUUAAUUGGAAAAUCUAAACAGUUACAAUCUUAACCUGCAUAUAUUAUAUGCGUAUAACUGCAAAAAAUUUUAACUGUGCCCAGUUUAAAUAUCAGACUAAACUUAACGAAGAUAAUUUUAUGUAUACCUGCUGUAAGAUUGCCCACUAGAAAAAUAACUAAUUUGUUUAGUAAAUGCCAUUCAUACAAUCGUUAAAUAAUUUUUUAACCACAUACUUGCAAUGUACAAAAUACUGUUACAUAUACGAAGUAAAACAUCUAUCAACUAUCACUAUUUUAACGGUAAUUUUUUACUUCUCAUGAAUUUUUUUACAACUGCACAACAUCUCACGUAAAACUGAUUUUAAAAAUCAGUAUAACUGUAUGCGUUUGAAAAAAAAUUAGUUUAUAUGUAUUCUAAAUUCCAUACAGUAUGUAAAAAUAAUAUUAGUUAUUGUUGUUACUGCAAGAAAAGGGUAAC